UGACAGUUGUUAUUGAAGAAACAGACACUUUGAACACAGCCAAUCAUCACGAUGCCUUUUUGUGCCAACUUUUGUGUUUCCUUCUUCCUGAUUGGAUACGUCUGCUCGGUCCCCGUGGAUGUCCCCAACAAGUGUCCGCAACCAAGCGCUGCCAUUCCAGCACCAAGGGCCUUCUACUACGUCCAUCCUGACGACUGUACAUCUUUUUUCUCGUGUUCUUUUGGAGUCCCUCACCAGACGUACUGUGCCCCAGGCACAAGAUUUAGCAAUGUCUUCAACGCUUGUGCAACUGAGUUCUCUCACUACGACACCUGCAGCCGAGAGAACGCUGUACGGGAAUGUUCUAGAGGAGCAACACUCAUUGGUCACCCAACAAUUUGUCAAAGAUACUACAACUGCUCUGACCAUUCGAUUCGAGAUCCUAGAGGCUUCUUGAAGGAGUUUGAAAGUGAAUGCCCUUACCCCCAACUCUUUGACAUUGUAGAGAGGCGAUGCAAAUCUUUCAAAGAAGCUUACUGCGGCCCUUACAGAAAUCCAGACGUUGAACCUUGUGCCUACGUCAAUAACUUGUGUGGAACUAGCCAUUGCCAGCCUUGUAAUGACCGACUUCCGUCAUGUGCAGGACUUUCUGAUGGCUUUCAUGAGCAUCCUCUGCGCCUGUGGACCCCCUAUUAUAUAGAGUGCGAUACACAAAGAACGAUAAACGCCAGAUUAAUGUGCCCUAGUGCUCCUGUAGGUGGCGCUGGUAUCUACUCUCCCGUCAAGAAAACCUGCGUGUCCCUGUGGGAAGUCCCGAGAGACAAAGGCGGACUUGAGCCGAGCUGUGAUGGAAAGGCUGCUGGGAAGUACCGAACAGACGAGAACCCUGCUGUCUAUUACACUUGUCCCGGGGCCGUCGUUGCCUACUGCCCUGUGGGAACUGUCUUCAGAAAUGGGAGCUGUAGCUAAGCAAUUGACAACUAACUUAAUAAUAACAAGUAAUUUAUAAGAAUCAUCUGAAGAAAAUCCUUUUUUUUUCAUUUCAAAAUUUUUUUUAUCCAAAAUAAUGUUGCAUUCAAAUGUAUGAAUUAAUCCGACUGUCUGUAUAUAUAUAUAUAUAUAUAUAUAUAU